AUGUCGUUAAGACCACCCUCAGACCUGAUCCUGGUGUCAGAUGCAACAAAGAACGUUGUCAUGCUGGAGCUCACUGUGCCAUGGGAAGAGUGGAUGGAGGAGGUCUUUGAGCGGAAGAGAGAGAAAUACGACAGCCUAGUCAGUAACUGCCACAGACAAGGCUGGAAGGCAAGGUGCCUACCUGUGGAGAUCUCCUUCGAGUUGGCUGAGUACACCGCUAAUGUGGAUGGCGUUGGUACGCUUCGUCUCCUGGAUGCCAUAAAGACAUGCGGUCUGACCAACAGCGUAAAAUUCUACCAGGCCUCUACCAGUGAGCUGUACGGCAAAGUUCAGGAGAUCCCCCAGAAAGAAACCACGCCCUUCUACCCUCGCUCACCUUAUGGUGCCGCAAAGCUCUAUGCUUACUGGAUCGUGGUGAACUUUCGAGAGGCCUACAACAUGUUCUCUGUCAACGGGAUCCUCUUUAACCACGAGAGCCCUAGGAGAGGUUCAAACUUUGUGACGCGUAAGAUCAGCCGUUCUGUGGCAAAGAUUCACCUUGGCCAACUGGAGAGCUUCAGCCUGGGCAACCUGGACUCCAAGAGGGACUGGGGCCAUGCCAAAGACUACGUGGAGGCUAUGUGGCUGAUGCUACAACAGGAGGAGCCGGAGGACUUUGUCAUAGCAACGGGGGAGGUGCACAGUGUCAGGGAGUUUGUGGAGAAGGCCUUCAAACAUGUGGGGAAGACUAUUGUGUGGGAGGGUAAGGAUGAGAAGGAAGUUGGCCGUUGCCAGGAGACAGGGGUGGUACAUGUGAAGGUGGACCCUAAAUACUUUCGUCCUACUGAAGUGGACUACCUGCAGGGCGACAGCACCAAAGCAUAUCAGAGGUUGGGUUGGAAGCCGAAAGUGACUUUUGAGGAGCUGGUGAAGGAGAUGUUGGAUUCAGACAUCAAGCUAAUGAAGGAAAACCCAAAUGCCUGAGUCCAUUUCAGUCCCAUUUAGACACUCCUGCGUUCUACUGACAGUGGAAGGGAACAUGUUGUAUUUUUACCUUGAUGACUUUUCCAAAUGAAGUAAUUGUGUCCUUUCUAAUUUGUAAUGAGGUUUGAAUCAACCUAUUAUUGCCUUUGUGUUUGUGUCUAUUUCCAGCAAAAUGCCAUUUUGAUUUUGUUUUGUUAUCACAUAGCAGAGAUGCCUUAUAUAUUUCCACACUGAUCAUGUCAUAAUUUAUAUUGAUGGCAAUUUUUGAGGGUUUAUUUAUGUCUUUGUUUCUGUUGAUUGUGACUGAAUUGAUUUCUGUCAGAGGAUGAAAUGGCAGAUUAUAUUAUACAUAGAAGAAUGAAGAAUUUAUCUUUACUGGAGAAUAGGAAUCAAUGGGUUUAUUAAUGUCCUGACAUAUAGAUGAAACAAAUGGUUUGGUACAAUAAAGAUGGAUCUUUUUUCA